UGGCAGCGUACUGAUGACGAUGCGAAUUCCUUUUGGAAAACUGAAUCAUGAUCGGCGUCUCACUGUCACUGAUUGGUGGGACAUGAUUGAGCAAAGCUGCCCUCUGCUGGACGAUCAACAGAAGAAUCGGCUCUCCGAUGUCUUGAGCGGCCGUGAACAAGUCCAUAAUUUUGUUUACAAAGAUCUACGAAAGAUUCUGCGUUGGCGUCAACAUGGGGAUCCUCGGAAGAGUUGCAUUGUCCUGGAUCCGUGGUGUGAUAAGCUGGAGUCUGUUGCUGUGAACCAGCUGACGCGAAUGGUGCAGUAUCUGAUGUACUGUCGCAUAACCAAAACAGAAUUCGACAUUGAAUUGGCGUGGUUUACUCCUUAAUGCCUUCCCAUGGAACGAACUCUCCAACUGUGUCAGUUUGCCGCUUUAUUAUUCACCGGCUUUCGUGCAAUUUCGGUCUGCAUUUGCUUUCGCUCUUUGUUGCUGUAACAUAGUUUUCGAGCUGUAAUCGCGGAGGAAUGGUGUUUUUCUUAACUUGCUCUUAUCCCUGUUUCCCAGUGUAU